UUAAGGUAUUUGAGAACAUAAGUCAGCACAAAUAUUGGUGCUCUGAACUCAGGUAAAGUGAAUAACUGAAUUAGUUCAAAUUAAGUAUCGAGCGCGGACGCCUCGCAUUGCACGUCUCGACAAUAACUGACGAGUAGACAAUUUACAAAAAUGUGAUUAAUACAAAAAAUGAUAAUAUCUUAAAGCCACAAAUAAACUCAAACAAAAGCGAAUUUAUAAAAGAUUAAUUACACACUUAUAAAGAUACACAUUUUUAGAGCCAACCAAAAAGAAAUAAGAUAGUGCUUGAAAAAUGAAGUUUCAGAUACUAAUAUUGUUUGCAGUGAUUUCUUUUACAAGUGGUCGCAAAGUAACAAUUCGGGAAAUGCAAGACUAUAACAUAACAGACUUUAACAAAACUCCAGAGUCCAGAGAAAGUAAAGAAGAGCAAAUUGAGCCAUUAAUAAGAAAACAUUAUUGGGGUCAAUUUCCAAUGGAACAUGAACCUCCUGAACCUCCUGUACUAGUAACUGAAAAUAAUCAUAAAAAGAAUACUUCGUCAUUGUUUUGUGAACCCAAAAAAUUUCGACAUAAUUACCUUAUGAGAGGCGGUAGAGUACGAGAAAUGUUGAAUACUUGGAAGCGCGGUAAAAUUGGAGAAGAAGUCACCUUACAUGAUUUGUGUUUGAGAGAGAACGGCAUGCCCCUCACACUGAAAUGUUUAUACAAUAAUAGAACAAGUAUUGCAGAAUGGGAUAGUCAUGUGAACUGGCAGUCGCACAUGUUGUGUCUGCGAAACACAAGUGAAAAGAUCAUAAGCACGGAACUAAAUACUUUGCAUAAUGAAAUUUUGGAAAAUAAACGCUUGCAUAAAGGAAAAGCCGGCCGGAAAGAAGUUACUGAAAAUGUCAAUAUAUUGCUAGAGCAACCGGAUUACAAAAUAUUGCCAGCUGAUGUGCAUUUCACAAAUAAAAUACUGCAGGCAGUAUCAGCAGAAGGAGCCGAUGCUGAACUAACUGAUGACGUGAUCAGCAUAUGCAAUACCAUCAUGACGAAAGAUCCAAGUAUACUACGUGAAACUGCUGAAUUAAAUUCUACUAAUGAGCUAUUGGAAACUUUUGAAAGGUACAUGGAUAGCCUGUCCUCAGAACUUGUACCAACUAGUCGUUGUGGUAUAGUAGUAACAAACACAACAGCCACCAACAGCACACACAUCGCUCAUCAUGUGGAGACUAUUGAUCGAGCGCAUAUUGGUGUGCUUGCACAAAUCUCAACGAAUAUCACUGUUAUUCACAUAAACCCCGAUUGUGCCAAUAUUUCGGGUGUGGCCAUUUAUGAUUAUAGCACCUCAGUGCACUCAACUGUGUCACCAACCAUUCUAAUGCAUACCACUAUCGGAAAAUUUCGUUUUCGGUUUGUUUAUUUGAAUGAAUCAGCAAAUGAGUUAAUGCAUGAGAUCGGACUACAAGUGGCAACAUUUGUGCCCUUAUCGCUCUGGGAAUACUUACGUACAAAUAUCGUGCAACCAAAUAAGCCAGCCACAAUAGUAUUGAAGAUAUAUACGAAUGAUUCACUUUUUGUGGAACAAAGUGAAGUGCAGACACAAAAGCCAUUCAGCAAAAUAUUGUCGAUCUCCAUACCGGGUUAUUCAGUCACCUUUCCGGAAUACUUACCCUUUAUUUUACGGAAUGAAAAUUAUGGUACUGCUACUAGCUCAAACAUAAGCUCCAAUUGCGGUUACUGGAAUUAUUCUACUUGGGUUAGUCAAGGCAUUGUGAAGCAAACGCAGGAUAAAGCUGUUAUUUUGUGUGGAACAAAUCAUCUAACUCCCUUUUCAUUUUUGCUUGGUGGCAGCUAUAGGCAAAAUGACUUGAACGGAGGAGUGCUUAUAACCCCUGCUAAUCAGCGUGCAUUGGAUAUAAUAACACUGUUAGGUUGUACAUUAUCAUUACUAGGCUUACUGGGUAUUUGGUUAACUGCAGUGAUUUUCAAAAGUUGGCGCAAAUUGGCUUCAACCAAAGUCUUGCUUAAUUUGUGUGCUGCUUUAACUCUUCAAAUGGUGCUUUUCAUCUUUGUGAAUACUGAUGACAUGGCUGAAGAGUUGGUCAGGGAGGGCAGCUACGCUAAUUGUAUGGCACUCGGUGCUUUAAUGCAAUACUCAAUUUUGGUGUUGUUCUCAUGGAUGUUAAUAAUUGCUUUUCUGCAAUUUCAACGUUACGUUACUGUGAUUGGCAUCGAACGUCCUCGACAUUACAUUUUAAAAUCAGCACUAGCUGCCUGGGGUUUGCCACUUAUUCCCACACUUUUAGUCUUAUGCAUUGAUCCACAUUCGUAUGUACCAACAGCGUAUCAACUGCGAACAGACAGCGGUGUAUGUUAUCCAUCUGGACAUGGCCUGCACUUUGGCGUCAUACUGCCUGUCUCUUUGAUUGUCUUGGCGAAUUUAAUUAUUUUCAUUUAUGUUUUCUAUAGCAUUUCACACUCACUUAAUCAAACGUUACAGCGACAGGAACGUAAAAUGGUCGUGAAACAAAUACGUCUAUCUAUUUUACUCUUCUUUUUGCUAGGACUCUCAUGGAUAUUUGGGAUAUUUACAUUCAUGAAGGCCGGCAUUGUGUUUGCUUAUCUCUUCUGUUUGACAGCAACAAUUCAAGGCUUCAUUCUAUUUAUUUAUUUUAUUUUAUUGGACGAAUUGCCCAGAAAUGCCUGGUUAAAUCUCAUUUUCAAUGAUAGAAAACCGAAGAAGGUUGUGAAAUCAACCGAGCUACAGUCUAUCAGUACGAAUACCACCGGCACUACGAGUGAUAAUCAACAGAAUUAAAUGAACAAAUUAAUUUUAAGUGGAAGAAGUAAUUUAUUAACGUUUCUGUAUGUAAUUUCAUAUAAAAUUUAUAUU